CCUCCACCCGUUUAUCACUACACUUCACCACAAUUCGCCAAACCUCGCGAUAUCACACUCAACGUUGGCCACAAGCCAACUCUACCACCGUAGUUCCAGGUCUCAUGACACACCCGUGCACGACACGUACGACUGCCGCCUCUUCCUCCAUUAGCCCAUUAGCCCACGCGCUGUCCCAGGCCUCCAAGCUGGUUAACGUCACAAGAGCGGAAACUUCUCAUCUACAAGAACCGCUGCAGACCUCCUGUAAACUCCCAGAGAGACCCCCCGUGGGCUCAAUUGUUUCUUUUCAUGCUUUUGUUUAUUUUUUCGCCUGCGAUCCCCACCAAGAAAUUAGGCAGAGUUCAGGCGAUCGCUUCCCAGGGAGAGCAAAAACGUGGCUGCCCACUUCAGCAGCAGUUCAGGCUAAUCGGGCCCUCCCACCGUCCCGCAAGGCAAAAAACACACCAACCACAUAAUAAAAAACUCCACCAAAAUUUGGACCCUUACAUAGAUCAACAUGGGGCUAACGUCUUCCAGGGACCACCCUCUACAUGGGCACUCACAUUACGUCGAAC